AUGGCGGGCUUAUUGGAUUUGUUAAACGCUGAUGAAAUCCUCAAUAGACAGCAACAACAAAGAGAAAGACAAGCACGUACAAUGGAAGGGCCACCAAAAAGUAACGGGGACCUCAUCAGUAACACACAUAAUCAAGGGCCUGGUUUAGCUCAACUAAAUGAUCACAGAUCUCCAAGAUCUAUAAUAACUCCACCUCCAGGAUACUCCUGGAGAAGAAAUUCACUUGCCAAUAUUGACACUGGUAAUGUUGAUCCAGCUUCAAGUAUCAACUCAGAAAGUCAAGUUGGUUCUUCUAUUUCAUCGAUAAAUUCAUCGCCAAUUGAACUUAGUAAAGUUAGAAACGCAUCAAUUUUGACCAAACUGGAGUUGGCAAGUAACACUAAUAAAGUAUUGUUUUCGGUAUCACCUCGAGAACCUUCUUCUCCUUCAAGGAUUGUUGCCACAAACAUGGGCUUUUCAAGUUCCAGCACUACCACUAUAACUCCUUCCAGUUUCAACAAUAACAGCAACAACAACAACAACAACAACAACAACUCCUUCAGUUCACACAAACCAUUGUUGCAAUUACGUGACAAAGUUCCCAAAUCUAAAAUCAAUAAACGUAUCCUUGCCAACAAACGAUUUGUCAAAUUUGCCAUACGACGUAAAUAUUCCACCAAAAAGAAAAUAAGUGAUACACGACAACUGAAACUACAUAUUAAAUCUUUGAAAGCUGGCAUCAAGAUCAAAUUAACUAGAUGUGAUGAUUUAUUUACCUUGUACCAUUGUUUAAUUCCAUUUACUGAUGAGCGAAAAAUUUAUUGUUUAUUCAAUGAUGAAGCUUCAACGCAAGAAUAUAAUGAAAUACGAGUUGAAUGGGAGGAAUCUAGUGAUUUAAAACAACAAAGUAAUAAUAAUAUUAACAAGUAUCUUGUAUCUGAAGGAUUACAAUUGAUUGAUAAUAAUGUUGUUGACUUGAAUGAAUAUUCAAACAAAAUUAUUAAAUCAUUCACCAGUGAACUGAGUCAAGCUUCGCCUACUUUUAAUUCAUUAGAUACUGCAGUUAGUACCCUUUUCGGUACUAAGGAUUUCACUUUGGUAAGAAUUACAAGAUCAACUACUGAUGAUAUUCAUGGAUCUUCAAUUUUGAAAUUGGAAACUGCCAAACCGGGUGAUUUCACUUUAAUCGAUGAUGAAGAGAAUUCUGAUGAAAUGUUACAUUCACUUGGUGGUGAUGGUGAAGUUCCAAAUAACUUGUUUUUCAAAAAGAUUAUUGCUCGACCAAGGUACAAGAGCAACAUGAAGAUAUAUUUCAUACCUUCAACUCAAGUCAACUAUUCAUUAUAUACUGAUUGUCGAUCUUUUGAACGUGAUUUGUUUAAUGGUGUGGUGCAAGUUGAAUUUGAGGAUCUUGGGAACUGUCUGAAUGAUAAUGCAAAGAAUUUGGAUAAGGUUGACGUUGAUGAUGUGAGGGUCAGACGUGUUAUUGGAUAUGAGAGAAAUGUUUAUUGUACAUUUCCUAUCGAAGAUGCUUUGAAACGGUUCAAAAUGAGUUUGAUUGAGAGUUUAAAGGGUAAGGCUGAAGGAGUUGAGGUUGAUACAUUGGUUAAUGAUGUCGUCGUGACUCAGAAUACAACCACUCCUCCAGCACGAACAUUACCCCCUCCUCAAUUUGAAUCGCCAUUGGAUUCACAGCCUAUUCAAAACCAAGUAACACCACAACAGCACCAACCCGUCUUCAGCAGUUUGCAGUCACCACAAUAUCAAAUACCUUCCUCAUUCCAACAGCAUCAGCAAAUUCCACAACCAUUUUCAACCAGGUCUCUAUCAUUUGAUGACCGCUUUGGAAGUAUCAGAAGUCAGCAUUAUCCAUUUGUUAAUGGUUUUUCCCCUCAACAGAGACCAAGUUAUCCACCACCAUUUCCAACAGCACCAAGAGGUUCUUCAAUUGAUAUCCCACAUCGCAUGCUGGUACCACCACCACAACAACAACAACAACAACAACAACAACAACAACAACAACAACAACAACCAAUAGGGCCCAUGAUGGCACUGCGCGUUGCUGCCCAUACUAAUGAUUACAUUCAGUUGCCUCCUUUGGUAGCAGUAUCACAAACACCAAGGUCAUCCAUAAUCAAAGAGGAAUUUACUUACUCUCCACUGCAUUUGCAAGAACAGGGUCAAAAGAAGGUACCAUACGAUUCACGUAUUUUACCUCCAAUUAACACCAUGCCUGCAAAAAGUCCUGAGUUUCAGGAAUUGCCAAUGCCAAGAGAUCAAUAUUUUUAUUUCCAAUCAAGAAUGUAA